AUGAUGCUAAUCACACUGCCAUGUAUAGAGCCUGCUGCUCUAGGUGCUGGUGUGGCUGCUGCUCUAGGUGCUCGUGCGUCUCCUGCUCUAGGUGCUGGUGAGGCUGCUGCUCCAGGUGCUGGUGAGUCUGCUCUCUCUGGUACUGCGCCUGCUGAGGCCUUGUACACCUUCACACUUGACUUAGGUGCUUCCCGCUCCUUCUUUCGCGACAGCACCACCCUCACGCCGCUCAGUCGGCCGGUUGCGGUCUCCCUGGCAGACCCCUCUGGGGAUCCAGUCCUUGCGCACUCCUCCACGGUCCUGCCGUGUCCGACGGUCCCGUCUGGCUCCCUGUCAGGUCUUCACCUCCCCUCGUUUUCUACGAACUUGGUGAGUGGUGCUGACCUCUAG